AUGUGGUCUCUGAAGUUGCUCACGCUCGCCGCCACGGCCGCCAUCUGCGCGCUCCCCAGCGCUGCGGCUUCAUCAUCACACACAUCAUCGUGUAAGACAGACCACGACUGCAGCCUCAACGGCAUCUGCCAGCGCAGCGGCACCUGCCACUGCGAUGCAGGCUGGCUGGGCGCCGACUGCGGCGUGCUCGACGCCCGCCCCGCGAAGCGCUCCGCCGGCUACAACCUCACGUCGCAGGGCACGUCGUCGUGGUGCUCGAGCGUGGUUCGCGACCCGUGGGACCCGACGCUGCACCACCUCUUCGCGUCCGAGUUCUCGCACGGCUGCGGGCUCGACUACUGGGCGCCCUACAGCCGCGUCGUGCGCGCCGAGUCGCGCUCCGGCCCCGCGGGGCCGUACGAGUUCGCGGGCGAGGUGCGCGGCACGUUUGCGCACAACCCGACGGUCGUGUAUAGCCCUGCGGAGCGCGAGUGGCUGCUCUACUACAUUGGGUGUCCGACGGAUGUGGUCGAGGAUAAGUGCACCGCCAAGAAGUUCACUUGCGGGCCGGGGAAUUCGAAUAAUGGCGAGAGCGGCAUCUCGGUGCUGAGCAGUCGGGACCUGCGGCACUGGACGCCGCGUGGCCAGGUCAUGAAGGGGACUGAUGAUGACGCUUGGGACGCCGACGUGACGAACCCGUCUGCGUUCCCGCUGCGGCAAUGCCGCGGGCCUCGCAGCGGCGCCAGUCAUUCCUCCGCCAUGCUGCUCGCCUACCGCGGGUGCAUCUACAACUGCACAGCCGACGAGCUCAUCAACAUCGCCGUCUCCACCAAGGGUUUCGAGGGCCCCUACCGCAAGGUGCAGCAGCAGCCUCUCUUCAGCAACCCCAACGAAGACCCCUUUAUCUGGCAGGACCGUCGCGGUAAUUGGCACAUGCUGCUGCACUCGCUCGAGCCCGAGGGUGGGUUCGGCGACGGGCCCAAGGUCGGACGGCACGCGUGGGCGGAGCACUACGAGGGGCCUUGGACGUUUGGCAGCAAGACGCUCGCGUUCAGCACCGAGAUCCAGUACGACGACGGGACGAAGAUCGACUUUUACCGCAGGGAACGGCCGCAGCUGCACUUCGCAAAGGAUGGCUUCACGCCGCUCGUCAUGACGACCGGUGUUCAGCCCAAGGGCAGCCCGAUGAGCUACACUGUCAUUGUACCGAUCGGCGACGCAGGAGAACGGGCUCAGCAUGGAAUAUACUAG